AUGGAAGAAAUUAUUUUCCUGUUUCUAGAUACAGAUAAAAUGUUUUGGUCUAUUAACAAAUUGUUUGGACCCAGUUUGAUAAGGUCAGCUGAUUUUAUUUUAGAUUUUGAGUCUUUUAAGAUUAAUUUGUUCUUUACACAGAAACCCGAUGAUCCAUCACUGCAAAGAUUUUUGCCUUCCUUGUGGUUAGUGAAUUGUGCCCUCCGCCCACAUUUUGGGGGGAGGUUUCUUAAAAUGUUACUGUCACUGUUAGGGACUUUUGUUAAAGGUGGUAAAUCUCUUCAUAAACAUUCAACUCCAGAGGUUUGUGGUACCAUUCAUGAGAUGUCUGGAUUUAGCCAAUUCCUCCUGACCUUCUGCAUUCUAGGAUACAUUUUCUGCAGUUCCAGGGCUUGGCAUGUGAAGAUGCCCAGCAAUAUCAAAGGAUUGCUGGGUUCCUGCCUUGUCAUCCCUUGCACGUUUGACUACUAUCAGUAUCCACCACACAGACCAGAUCGUGUGGUUUGGUACCAGUAUGUGAGCCAUGGAUAUCCUUUAGUAUAUGACGACUGGAACUCAAAUGAGGUCAUUGACAUAUUUAAAGGAAGAACACGUGUAUUUACUUCUACAAUCAGGAAGACAUGCAGUCUUCAAAUCUACCCAGUGAAGUGGUCUGACCACAGACAGAGGAUUUACCCCUGGGUAGAUCCAGAAAAUGUUGGGAGAAGCACCUACCGAUUCUUUGAUACAACUGUAACAAUUGAAGUAGUGGGCAGGGCAGAGAAACCGGAUAUUAUGAUCUAUGGAAACAUGAAGGUUGGACAGUCCGUGAGAGUGCAAUGCACUGUUUAUCACACCUGUCCCACUAAAGCACCCACUAUAAGUAUCAACAUCCCACUGCAAAGCCACAGUCUAACUCAUACGUCGCUGUCUGAUGGCACAUACAAAACUACCUUGAUGACCACACUGAACAUAGAGAAAGACCACCAAACUGUGGAGUGCUCCGUCCGACACACUGGCGGUAUCACUGCAGCAGCCUCUAAAACCUUAAAUGCAGAAUGCUCUGUUUCACCCUUGACUAUCCAGUCUACAUCAGACGAAUUUCUUGAGGGACAGGCAAGCAAAGUAACCUGCACUGCCUCAUACACAUGCUCAAAACAUUUACCAACUCUCACAUGGAACUAUGGUAGCAUGCCAGCCUCCACUGAUACCAGCAACAGUGGAAAUGCUCAGUGGAGAACUGUCUCCACACUGACAUUCACAGCAUCAGCUAAUGACCAUGGAAGAUCUCUGACAUGCUAUGCACGAUUCACUGGGGGUCAGAGGCAGGAAAGGAGCAUCACCAUACACGUAAAGAGAAAUAUGCUCUCUCGCGGUUGGUCCUUCACCACCCCUAGCAGCAUCACAGGCAUGAGAGGCUCAUGUAUCAUCAUUCCUUGCAGAUUCACCUACAGUACCUCCCAGCCUGCUGACCUCCGAGUUAUAUGGUACUUGUUCCAGAACAAUGGAUACCCACCUGUAUUUGACCAAAGACAGACUGUUAUUGAUAAGUUUAGAGGGAAAACCAGCUUGAUUGGAUCUGUGGCGGAGAAGAAUUGUAGUCUUAAGAUCGAGAAGCUGGAAAUUUCGCACAACCAGGACAGACUUUAUCCAUGGGUAGACGUGAAUCCUAUUACCUCCUUCCACACCCUGGGUUACAUGUUUUCUGAAAAAACCUCUCAACUUAUUGUUUCAGAACAUGCACAGGAACCAAAGCUUAGCAUCAUUGGUAUUCCCAGGGUGGGAGAGCAGAGCAGAGUGUCCUGCUAUGUGCGCCAUACAUGUAUCUCUGAUCCCCCCAUUCUGACUCUAAGUGAUAUACCUGGAACAGACCGCAUUAUGGAUACUCUGGUAUCUGAUGGGAUUUGGGAAAGGACAGUAGAGAGAACUUGGACUGUAAAAGAGGAGGACCAGAGCGUGAAGUGUACUGUUAGCUACCAUGGUGGUCAGAAAGCCACAAGUGAGCUCAGGCUGAAUGUUGAAUGUCCGCAUGAAGAAAUCAAAAUGAUUGAGCAGCCAGGCGAGGCAACAGAGGGUGUGGCAAAGAGUGUCAUUUGUUCUGUUUCCUACAAGUGCAAGAAAAAUACACCAACCAUUGAAUGGAACUACAACGACAUGCAGAGUGUGCCACACACCAAAAAGAUCUCAAGCGAUACCUAUAACACAGUGUCAAAUCUAACCUUUAUUGGCUCUCUUGAAGAUGACGGUAAAUCUUUGACCUGCUCCGCUCAGUUUAUUACUGGGGAGACCUCAUACUCUGCAACCCUUCGUAUAAAAAAAUAUGAGAAAACAGAAAUAGAUCCACAGGAAAACGACAUGUCCCAUGUUCUGGCUGCUGACGUCCCUUUCAGAAUCAGAGCCCUGACCCGCUCCUGUGUGGUGAUUCCCUGCAGCUUCCAGUACCAGGAGGAUGUGCCUCUCACACGUGGCAUCUGGUCCAAAAAAACUGGGGGCGUUGUCUAUCAUAAUGGCCAGAGCCAUGUACUGGACCAUUUCAAGGACCGCACCAGAAUGUUAGGGGAUCUGAAUGAGGGAAACUGCUCAUUAGAGAUUGAUGACAUCAAGCCCUUUGACAAUGGGCCAUUUUGUUUCCAUGCAGAGAAAGGAAAUGACAAAUACAGAUUCAACAAUAGCUGCGUAUUUAUUGUUAUGAAAGCUUCCCCAGAAAAACCAGUGAUAACCCCAGUUCCAACAGAAGUCGAUGCUAGCUCACCGAUUACUGUCUCAUGUUCUGUGACGCACACAUGUCCAUCACAUCCUCCAGUGUUCUCAUGGAGUGUCCCUAACCUCACCAGUGAGGUCAGGCACACCUGGAUGCCGCAGGGCAUCUGGGAAACCACCUCCACGAUCACUUUCAUGCCCGCUGGGGGAGACGGGGUCAAGAUCCUAACCUGUACUGCCAUCUCCUGGCGUGAAAAGCAACAAGCCAGCACAGUCAAGCUGACUGUAAAGGGAUCACUGAUGUACGAGUUAAGAAGCUCUCUCCCAGUAGUCAUUCCAGUCUCAGCUCUAGUCCUCAUUGCAAUCAUCCUAGCUGCAGUGUUUGGAGUGGUCAUCUGCAGAAAAAGGAAGCGCUCUGAUGACUCGCUGAGACCACCACCUCGACCAGAGAAAAGGAGAUCACUAUGGGAUAGAUUUUCCAGGAGAUACCCUGAAGACAGGCAGAGACCUCCAAGGCCGGAAAAACGGACAUCCAUUUGGAACCGAUUUUCUCGUAGAGCAGAGGAUGGGCGUGUCGGGUGGGAAAAUGAGAGGAAACCCAAGAAGUCAUUCUGGAGCAGAUUUUCGAGACACCAAGGCAACACUGCGAACCUCAGUGUUGGCUAUUUAAACAACACAACCACUGUACACUGUGACACUCAGAUCUCCAAACAACGCUUUCCAUCUCCAAAGGAUAACCGGAGACCUCCUUGCUCUGUCAGGCCUGAGAAACUACAAAGCUGCUGAGAACAACUUGAGAUUGUAAUUGAAUCCAAUUCUCAAAUGUGUUGCAGGAUUGCCAAGUGUAUGGCAACCUUUGAGUUCUUCAAGACAUCUUGGAAACAUCACGUGCUUCCAGAACCAUGUUGCUGUAAUUAUUUUACUUCAUACACAUAGGCCUAUUGCACAAUAGGACUACAUGUAUUUGUCCGCAGUUGUUGUUACAACCACAGCGCGCUUGUUAAGUUAAUAGCGAAUUGUUACGAACAAGCUAAAAUGAAAGCUGUCUGAAUGUAGUCUAACUGUUUAUCUUAGUUUUCCACUAAUCUUAAAUUUUG